UGUCCAUAGAUUCUGGUUCUUAUCUGGUGGGUACCUGCAAAAUAUUUUGUGUCCAUGGCAACGUGAUCGAAAUGCUACACGAUCAAUGCGGCCUAGUAGUAGAUUUUUAUCAGCAGUCCGUACGUUGACAAUCUUAGCACCACCUAAUUACAAGACCUUUGCAUCCUACUGUGAUCCAAACCCUCACCUGGGUGUUUACUGCAAUAAUGAAAGAAUUAACGAAUUAAUCAAAGGCAGGCGUAUCGACGAUGCCCAAAACUUUUUCGAUCAAAUGUCUAUAAGAGAUAGCAUUACAUAUAACUUGCUGAUUUCUGGGCACGGUCGAUAUGGGAAUCCAAAGCAAGCACUGUAUCUUUAUAAGGAAAUGGUAUCACGUGAAAUCAAAGAAACUGGACCCACGUUUUCUUCUGUGAUUACUGUUUGUGGGAAUGAGGGAUUUUAUACAGAAGGUAUUCAAGUACAUUGCAGGGUGAUUUCACUUGGGUUUGGAUUCAAUUUGUUUAUUGGGAGCUCACUUGUCAAUCUUUAUCUUCGUAUGGGACUUGUUGGUGUGGUUUGGAAGUUGUUCGAUCAAUUGCCUGAACGAAAUUUACCUGUAUGGAAUUUGAUGUUAAACGGGUUUUUGGAACUUGGUAAACUAGAGGAGUUAUUUGAGUUGCACGGCCAAAUGAAAUGGGAGGGUGUCGAGCCAAAUGGACUUAGUUUUUGUUAUUUGAUUCGAGCUUGUUGUAAUGGGAGGUUUCUUGAUGAAGGAAAGCAGCUGCAUUGUCAUGUGCUUAAGGCUGGAUGGGUGGAAUGCAAUGAUUUUGUUGUCAAUGCUUUGGUGGACUUUUAUUCUACUUGUGGGAAUUUCGUAGAUGCUAGGAAAGCGUUUUUGUUAAUUCCGAUUGAAGACGUGAUAUCAUGGAACUCUAUCAUUUCUGUAUAUGCAGAAAACGAUCUGUUGUGUGAUGCUAUUGAGUUAUUUAGUAGGAUGCAUUUCUGGGAUAAACAACCUUCGAUUCGUUCCUUUUUGGGGUUCUUGAGUUUAUCCAGUAGAAGAAGGGAUAUUCUGUUAGGGAGGCAAAUCCACUGUUUUAUAACGAAAGUAGGUAUUGAUUCAGGGAGUGUUCAUAUUCAGUCAGCGUUAAUUGACAUGUAUGGGAAAUGUGGCGACAUUGAAAGCUCCCUGUCUAUAUAUUGGAGUGCUUCUAAGAGAACUUUGGAGUGCUGUAACUCAUUAAUAACCUCCUUGUUGCAUUGUGGUAUAACUGAUGAAGUGUUCGAGAUGUUUGGUUUGAUGGUUGAUGAAGGAAUUAAGAUUGAUGAGAUUACUCUUUCUUCGACACUAAAAGCAUUGUCGCUGUCUACUUGGGUGAGUUUGGACAGCUGCAGACUAUUGCACUGUUGUGCUAUAAAAUUCGGUUAUGAAUCUGAUGUCGCAGUUUCAUGUUCUCUUAUUGAUGUGUACUCAAGAUGUGGGCAAUUUGAACUCUCCCGCAAUGUUUUCGAAUUACUUCAUUCGCCAAACAUUUUCUGCUUCGCAUCUAUAAUCAACGGAUAUGCCCGUCAUGGUUUGGGCAGUGAAAGUGUCCGUCUGUUGGAAGCAAUGAUCCGGAAGGGCUUAGUACCUGAUAAGGUGACAUUCUUAUGUGUUUUAAAUGGGUGCAACCAUGCAGGAUUGGUUGAAGAAGGAAAGUUCGUGUUUAACUUAAUGAAAUCUUAUGGCAUUUUCCCAGAACGGCAGCAUUUUUCGUGUAUGAUAGAUCUUUUAGGCCGUGCAGGUCUGGUGAGUGAAGCUGUGGAGUUAUUGCAACAGGCACCAGGAGGGGGUGAUUCUGUAAUGUGGUGCUCAUUGCUGCGGAGUUGUAGGGUCCACAAGAAUGAAAUAGUGGGUAAAAGAGUGGCAAAGGUCUUGAUGGAACUUGGUCAGGAAGAUUUUGCUAUUUAUUUGCAAGUGUCAAAUUUUUAUUCUGAAGUUGGGGAAUUUGAAGCCUCGUUACAAAUUAGAGAACUUGCUAUGGCUAGAAAGUUGAUGAGGGAGAUAGGUCACAGUUCGAUUGAGGUGAAGACUUACCGUUAACAUCCAUUUCUUAUACAGAUAAAACUUGAAACCGAAACCUGUUAAUGGAAUCUUAAGAAAAAUGCUUGAUGAUCUGUUCCACCUUUAUUUCCAUGAGCUGAAAUCUGUUUGCGAAAUCUUCAUCUUCUGCUUAAAUCCUCUAAAGAGCAGUUGCUUUAGCUAGAAGCCCUUGGCUUGUAACUGUAAAAGGACCUGUUUCCCCCUAUUUGCUCAUUCAAAUUCCUUUUUAAGGUA